AAAAAGCGUUUCCUUGUGCUGUCAUAUGCGAAGUAAAAGGGAAGGACCUACAGUUCAAGCGGAGACAGAAAGUUGACAUAAAUAAGGAAAUUUAGAGCAAAUAUAUAUUUGAUUAGUUUGAAUUAUAAAUGAUAUCUUUACAUCACACCGCCCAGCUAUCUUGAUGCGGACGCUGGAGGUGGUAAUCUGUCUGUUUGUUUAGCUAGCUGCUAUCGAGCCUUCUGCUCUUCAAACACACCGCCUGCGGGGCGAUGAGUACGGAUCUGUUGUCGGAUUUGGACAGCCGCUUCUUCGCGGAUAACCUGCUGACGAGCGAAGACUGGGAUGCCUGCCUGUUCCAGUGUGAGAGCAUGGAGGAGGGCGAGGACGGGGACUUCGGCCGAGGCUUGAAAUACGACGCAACGUUUGACAAUGACCUCGUGCUCACCCUCGAUCCUGACAACCCUACGUCGCCCUGGCGACACCUUGACGACAACCUUCUCACAGCUGACGCUCCGGCGAUUAAAAAUGAAAUGACAAUAACGCAGCCGCUGCCGGUGGAGAUGUUGUUUCAGGUGAAAGCAGAGCCUCCCUCGCCUCCGUCCUCGCUCGAGUCCGAGUGCUCGGCCUCUCCACCUGACCCACAGAUCACCAUUAAAGGCGAAAAUCCUCCGACUCCUCCCUACAUGUACGGAGACGUGCUGUCCCCUCCCCUGGGGUCCAUGGAGGUUACCAUAGCAACAACAGCACCCCCAACACAGACCCAGAUUGCUGCAGUGACACAGACGCAGCUCCAGACGCCGCUGACGACACCGAUCCCGGCGGUCAUCGGCGGGUUACAGACGCAGGCUGCAGUCUUGCCGAGCUCGGCCACAUUAAAGGCCAACACCAUCCUGAGCACCAAACCCCCCAUCCAGCCCCGACCCGUGUGCGUCGCCACCCUCCCCGUCACCCAGACUGCCACGCCGGCCAAGGCGCUCAUACUGCAGGGCCUCCCCUCCAUGGAUCAGACCAGACCUGUCGUCAUCUCUCCGUCCGUCUGCCUCGGCUCCACGCCGGCCAUCGUCAAAAUGGAGCCCGUCUCUCCCAGCAUCCCCCAGCACUGCUCCAGCCCCACGGCCCCGCCCGCCAGCAAACCCAUCGUCCCGGCGACUACAACUUUGCCCGGCAACAGCUCGAACGACAUCGAUAUGAAAGUGCUGAAGCGGCAGCAGAGGAUGAUAAAGAACCGUGAGUCAGCCUGCCAGUCGAGGAAGAAGAAGAAGGAGUACCUGCAGAACCUGGAGGCUCAGCUGAGGGAGGCCCAGCAGGAGAACGAACGGCUCCGCAAGGAGAACCAGGCACUGAGGGAGAGACUGGCAGGGAAGGAGGGCGCCGACUCAGCGAGUAACAAGAGAGCCGUGUGCGUCAUGGUCGUCCUCCUCUUCAUGACCUUCAGCUUCGGACCCGUCAGCAUCACAGACAGGAAGCUGGCGACGGGUCUGCAGGAAGACAUGGUGUCGUUUACAGGACGGCGGCUGCUGGAGAUCGAACAGCGUCAGCAGGAGGCGGCGCCGUCUACCAACAAGGUGGAGGACAAGACUGAGACGGAGGAGGACGUAGGAGACGAACGAUGGAAGAGAGCGGAGGAGAAAUACGCCGCAGAGUCGUAUCAGUUCAGAAACCUGAGCGACGUGUUCAGUGACGUGAAGGACCUGGUUCUGCAGGACAUCGACCGAUACUUCACCUCCUCGGACUGCCGGCAGUUCAACCGCUCCGAGUCUCUCAGGCUGGCAGACGAGCUGAGAGGAUGGGUCCAUCGACACCAGAUCGAUCGCAAGAAGUCCGGAAAACCGAAGAUCGCCAAGAAGGCCAAGAUCGCCCAGAAAGCUCAGCAGAGGAAAACCAACUUCUCCAGAUAUCUGCCGAUCCAGACUCACCGCUCCAUAGAAAGUCAGCUGCAGGUGCUUCCUGGUCCUGAGGUCACCUACAGCGACUUCCUGGACGCCAUCGACCGCAGAGAGGACACGUUCUACGUGGUCUCGUUCAGACGGGACCACCUCCUGCUUCCGGCCAUCAGCCACAACAAAACCAGCCGGCCCAAGAUGUCCCUGGUGAUGCCGGCCAUGUCUGUAAACGAGAGCCUCUAUAACUCGUCUCAGGGCUACGAGAUGAUGAUGCAGGUCGACUGCGAGGUCAUGGACACUCGGAUCGUCCCCAUCAAGUCGUCCGCUGUCCCCCCUCCCUCCGAACCCACCCCGCCUCCCCCAUCCUCCCACAGCAGCUCCAACCAUCACCACAGCAACCACACCUCGCUCCGAGGACGCCACCAGCACCACCCCUCCUCUUCCUCUUCGUCUCAUAGGCAGCCUUUACCCGCCCGCCGACGGACAGAUGAAUACUUAAUCAGCCAAUCAGAAGGAGUUUGAAGGUCGGAGGUUAAAGGUUGGAGAAAGACUUGAAGUAUAACCUCACCGUCCCUGCACCAGGUAACGGUUCCUCCUCCAGCAAACAGGAAGCUCCUCUCCGCUCACGAGUUGAGCUUCCUGUCGUUUCCCAAAAGGUGAAAAUUCCAGAAAACAAAUUGAACGCGAGGACGUCCCACAAACGCCAACAUGUUUGUAAAAUGAGAGCGAGAUGCAGACAGCAGAGCGGCGUGCUGCGUUUUAAUGUUUAACAGCGAGCGCGUCCAGCGAGAACGCAGCGUGGAGAGGAAGCUGCUCCACGAAGCGCCUGACAGCCACGCAUCUGUCACCGAGUGACACUGGAAACAUCGACAGACACGCAGCGCUCUGUGCACACACUAAGCUCCGCCUUCUGUACCUCAUAAUUCAGACAGAGGAAGAGCUGAGCUUUUUCUUUCACGUACAAACAGGAAGUCUGUUCUAAUGCUCUGAAAGAUCCGAGUAAACGUCAGAGAAAUAAACUUUAAAGAAUAAAUUCUGCUUUUUCACAGGAUCAAGUGCAACGUUCAUCCUCUCGGUACGGAGGCUCCGAGCACGGCGCCGAGACGUUAACUGGCGCCGACGUGUUUUUCACGUUUUAAUGAGUCGUAAUUAUGAGAUCCAGAAGCUCAGAGGAGCUGCAGCGCGUCUCAGCUGUCAACCCGACAGCUGCUGCAUGAAGCAGGAACCACAGAUGUGACGGCGUCUGUACGGCGCGCGGUGUGGCAGCUGUGAACUAAAAUAUCACCAGCAAAAACCAAACUAUUGAAAUUCCACCGAGAAUGAAACAAAAGCAGCUCGUUUGGUACUUUUCUGGGUUUUCUGUGGUACAGCGGUGAAAUCGUUCCUGCUUCACGCGUCAGCCGUCGUCUUCAUCAAUGUUUAGUUUUUUAUGCUUGUUUUGGUGCAGUUAUUUAAUAGAUGUAAAUAUCAGUGUAGAUAUUUUGUCACCUUUUUACUUUUUUACUUUUUUUUGUUUUUUCACAACAAAAAGUCAAAAAACAAAAAUAUUUUGUAUUUGUCAGACGGUCCGGCGUGACUCUGUGCUUGUAGUCUGAACUCGGGAUUAUCUCCUGAUCUAAAAUAUUUAUGGAUAUAUAUAUAUGCAGAUUUUUUUCUUUAUUAUUGUACAGAAUUAAUGCAUAGAAAACUUCAUACAAUCUGUUUUAUUGUGAAAAAUCUUUAAAGGCCUGUUCUGCUCACUUCCUGUGCAUUUUUUUUACUUCGUGGACUCUAAGGAGCUUUGCAUGAUCCACAGUUCAUAAUAAUCCUCCUUUAUCUGAUACCGGGCCAGUCUAUCCUCUGUGUGAAACAAGCUGCUUUGGCUCCUCCCCUUUAACCUUUCUCUUGAUUUGUGGGUGUGGCUGCUGUGCCUGAGAUGACCAUAUUAGGGACGCCUUCUUUGUGACAUCACCCAGAGGCAUGAGGAGAAAAAAAAACUGCUGAAAGGGGGCGUUUGAGCUCCUUGAUCAGAGGAUGACUGUCCAUUAAUGCACAUACACUCGUGUUUAACAUGAGCGCCGAGGGCGGGGCAAGGACCUGGUGGACGAAAGCGCCCCCCGAUGUACAGAAUAGCUCCGCCUCGCUGAGCCGACGGAGUGAUUUGUUUCUGAGUUUGUACAAAAUUUUCAAUUAUAUUUAAAAAGUUUAAAGCUCCAAAGUUUCACCCAUCAGGGUCACGUUUGCUCAGCAUUAUGGGAAAUGUAGUAUCUGUAGCCUUUCUUACAGUGAAAAUGUGGGAAAACUUCAUCCUGUGUUAAUGUUGCUUCACUUCAUGGUGUUUUCCUUUUAUACUGAUGUUCCUCUUCAUGUGUGCAGAGAAGAACGUGGAGGAUAUGAAGGUAAACUCUUAUUUUUUAUGGUGGUUUGUUUGGGUUUUAAAACACUGAUGGAGCAGAAGAACGAGAUUUGUCAGCUGCUCGUUGGUUCUUCAAAGAUUUCACACACAGUCGGCUCACGUUUCACUUCCUGGUUUCUAUAAUCUGAAUCAAACGCACUGAAAGCUGUUACUGAACCUCUGAGGUGAUUAUUGACCAGCUGACAUUAUGACAUCAUGCAUUUAGAGAGGAAACCUCGGGAAAUGUUCUCGUUUGUGUCUGUUCAUCAAAAGAAUGAGGUUUGAAUUCUGAAUGUGGUUCAAUCGUAGUUUUAUUCAAACCUCGGACUUUUGAUCCGUUUUAAGAACCUCCGUCUGCUCUGCAGUCUGUUCAUGUACAAACCAGAUUGUGAGCUCGCUGAAGCUGCACAUAUGAAAAUGUAAACUGUGUCCUUUUUUAUUUAAAUGGAAUAAAAUCAUAAAUGUGUAAAUAUUU